AGUACGAAGUGCGUAUUAGACAAUACAAAUCCUUCACAUCAUAUCACAUCACAUCACAUCCAUACCGCAUACUGGCGUUUUUGCUCGGAUUAAGCGGAAGUUUUGCCCCGCCCUCCGACGCUGUAACCCACCUAAGAGAAAGACCACUUAGAAAGACCACCGGCCGCGUUUCGUUUUUUUUCCCCAAAAUCUUUCGGUAGUUAGACUUACAUAGUAGACGCCGGCCAUGUUGAUUGCAUACGUCCCUACCCGAUAUGCUGUUCUUAUAAUGUAAAAUUUAAUUUGAUAUUACCUUCUUCCGUGCUUCUUUGCUUUCUCUCCUUGGCAAACGAGCAAAAAUACCUUUAGACUUAGAUAUAACCGUCUUCACCCCCCAACUAGUCUCCGAACAGCCAAUGGGUAGGAAGAACGCCAAGCCAGCUGCCAUGUCUAAUGAGCAGACCCCGUUGUUAAAGAGCGACGGCGAUGUCGUUGGGACCGGGACGCCGGCAGGUAUUCCCGCGCCCCGGUCCCGCGAUGCUACCUCCGAACCACGGCGUCCGCCGCAGGCCAUAGCCCACCGAGGCUACAAGGCUUUGUUUCCCGAGAACACGAUGCUGGCGUUCCGGGCCGCUGUCGAGGCCGGCGCGCAUGCUAUCGAGACCGACCUGCACUUGUCCAAGGACGGUGUCGUUGUUCUCAUGCAUGAUCCGAAGCUGAAGCGCUGCUUCGGCGACGACUCCAAAGUCAAGGACCACGACUGGAGUUAUCUGAGCAAGCUGCGUACAGUGCGCGAGCCCCCGCAGCCUAUGCCCCAGCUCGUCGAGCUGCUGGAGUAUCUGAAUCAGCCCGAGCUGCAGCACGUUUGGAUCAUGCUUGACAUCAAGAGGGACGACGACCCAGCCACGAUCAUCCGGCGAACGGCGGAAACACUGGAUUCGGUGCCGGGGAUUCGGCCGUGGCACGAGAGGGUGCUGCCUUGCUGCUGGACUGCGGAAUACGUAAAGCUAAGCAAGGAAUUCCUACCUAAAUACCCAGUCGCACACGUAGGCUUCUCAACCACAUAUGCUCGGGCUCUAGCAAAGCACGAGCCUAGCCUGUCGAUCAGUCUGCUAUAUCACUCCCUGGUGCUACCGGUUGUCGGCGCGCGCUUCAUCCGGGAUGCGAAGAGGGCGGGACACCCACUGCAUUCCUGGACCGUGAACGAUGAGGACCGCAUGGAGUGGUGUGUGCGCAACGGUCUCGAUGGCGUCGUCACGGAUGAUCCUAAGUUAUUCCUCGAGGUGUCUAAACGCGUCGCGGAGGACGAGGCGAAAAGCGAGGCCAAGGCCGUUCGUAGGAGGCCGUCUAGGAAGCCCCUGUCUACGCACGCGUGGCGCGUUUUCGAGUGGACGCGGUAUAUACUCGGCUUGUUCAUCGUCGUGAAUAUUUACCUGUUCAAAUACGGGCUGCCGCGGACACAGGUGCCGAAGGUGUUGGGGAAGUAAUGAUGGGUAUUAUCUCUAACUACUAGGUAUUACGCGUUCUGUUUAGGAGUCGCUUCGUUAGGUUAUGUAUAGACGGUAAUGACGAAAAGAAGGAAGGAAAGAAAGAAAGAACGAACGAUAGACAGAUAUUUGAGAGGGGAUCGGCGAUAUACGUCGGUAUGUUUAGAUAUGGUAAUGCGGGAUGAGUCUUAUCCCUUGGGGUUAAUGGUCGAGAGGUGCGUAAGACGUGGGGAUUGGAGAUAGAGAUAUAAAGGGAAAGUGUGUUAGCGAAUAAAUAGAAUACCCUUAUCUUCUUAACAGGACGUACAGCAGAGUCGUCUAUUUGCCCCCCUAGAGCUACCUACUCUAGAUGUCGUUGCUAAUAGAUUAACUAGGAAGUAUAUCUUAGGCGAGAUGUAUACUACCUAGUAUUUUCAA